AAAAUAUCCGAAGAUUCGCGGUAAUGCUUCAAUUGUAAACAGAGAAAAUGGUUGAAAAAUGUGUGGUUUUUGGAUGCAGCAACUCUCGAAAUGUAGAGAAAGGAAUCAGCAUGCAUAAGAUUCCUUCUGAUAACGAUCCGAGGCCUGAAGUCCGCCGAAGAAGACAACGAUGGAUAAAGUUCGUGAAUGAGACGCGCAAACACUGGAUCCUGGGAAAGACUUCUUCGAUAUGCUCAGUGCAUUUCAAGCCCGAAGACUUUACAAGACCUUUUCAGUCUAAUCUAAAACGACUCCUUAGGGAAGAUGAAUUUGGAGUUUGCGUUUGGCCAACCAUCCAUGUUGGAAAAAGAGCAAGUGAAAAUGAGCAUCAAGGUUCCCCAACAAAACGACAAAAGAGAAUGGCAAGUAAUCUUCUAUUAGACCUGCUAUUGUCACCCUGUUUUAGACAAGUAUUAUAUCAAAUUAUGAGCAACGUAUUCUUCCUUUAUAGAAUGUCAGAUCGGCCAAAGAAAGGAUGUCCAAUUUGGAUUCGUCGUGCGCAGCCACUGAGUUAGAGUUAUCGACUGGUCAUCAGGACACCACUCUUGAUGUGAGUGUAUUAAGCUGUUCUUGACUUUUUCUGCCAGUAAGCUGGUGAUACAUAUUUUGCCCAGAUAAAUUAUUAACGUCAGAUAUUUUUAAUAGGUGAGUUGCACAGAACCAGAGACCAGUACAAGUCAGGACACCACUCUUGUUCUAAAUGUAAGUUUUUCUUCACUGUUGUUGAUGUACACGUAUCCCUUUUUUCUGCCAAUGACUCUGUGAAAUACACUCUGAUACAUAUUAUGCCCAGACAAAUUAUUAAG